AUGUUUCCCGCCACUAUACAUGCCAACAACAUCUGGGCUCACAACAAUGUCUCUGAGAUCAUUAGUGCCUAUCUUAUCGUUUGGCACGAGUAUUUUGAUACACCCGAAGGUUAUAAGGUUUCCACAAAGUACUUCUUGGAUUCAAGGACCAUAAUGCUCGUCAUUGACCCCAUGACUGGUGAAGCAAUGUGUUCGUGGAAUGGAAUGGUACAUCCGAAUGAUUUUCUGGAGGAUCUAGAACCUUACAUGAAGACUAGCCCCAAGAAUAAUUGUGUACCCAAAGAAGAGAAGAAUCUACUGCAGCACGCAUCCAUGGAAAAUAUGAAGUUGGAGACAAGUCGUGGAAUCACCUCCAAAGAGGAUCUAGCACCGUUCCAGGAUGCUAUCCCCUGGUUUUCUUCUGAAUUUAUCGAAGCGGAUGUAUCGGCAGCUUUCAUGGAAAGCGUGAAGUUGAAAACAAGUGGUCCAGGUAGCUCCAAAGCCAAACUUGACUAGGAAGAAAACCCCCCGGUGUUCACUACCUUCCCAAUCAGAAUAGGAAAAUCUGACCAAAUCUCAUUUGAAACAGUGCUAGCUUUUGAACAGGAUAACGAACAGUUAGUUGUCUUGGAAGAUGAUCUUUUGGUACUUAACUGAUCAGCUUUGGUAAAUUUUUAGUGAUUACA